AUGCGUCGCGCCAGCCGAGACUACACCAAGUACUUGCGCGGCUCCGAGGAGCUGGGCAGCGGCGCCGCCCACGAGAGCGCCCCGGCGCCGCCGCCGCCCCCGCCGCCCGCGCACCCGCACCCGCCGCCCGCAUCCCGCUCCCUCCUCGCCGCCCUCGUCCUCCUGGGGCUGGGGCAGGUGGUCUGCAGCGUCGCCCUCUUCCUCUACUUCCGAGCUCAGAUGGACCCUACUAGAAUUUCAAAAGAACAUGCACACUGUGUCAGAACACUUUUUGGACACCAAGAAAGUACAGAUUUGCAUGAUGCCUCCUUUGAAAGUCAAGAAGUGAAGUUAAUGCCAGAAUCCUGUAGAAGUGUAAAACAGGCUCUCCAAAGGGCUGUGCAGAGGGAAGUCCAGCGUGCUAUGGGAAGAACGCCACCAAGACCAGAAAAAGCUGCAAUGGAGGCAUUAGGACUUGAGCUGUACAGGAGGAAUAAACCUGAGAAGCAGCCAUUUGCCCAUCUCAUUAUUGAUGAUAGGAAUAUUCCAUCUGGAACUCGUAAAGUGAACCUCACAUCCUGGCAUCAUGACAAAGGCCAGGCAAACUUAUCAAAUAUGACAUUCAAUGAUGGAAAACUAAUUGUUAAUCAAGAUGGAUUUUACUAUCUUUAUGCCAAUAUUUGUUUUAGACAUCAUGAAACUUCAGGAAACUUGACUAAAAGAGGGCUUCAGUUGAUGGUUUAUGUGAUUAAGACAAACCUUAAAAUAAGGCGCUUUGAUGUGUUGAUGAAGGGAGGAAGCACCAAAUACUGGUCAGGGAAUUCAGAAUUUCAUUUUUAUUCUGUAAAUGUAGGGGGAUUUUUUAAAUUAAAAUCUGGAGAAAUGAUAAGUAUCCAAGUAUCAAACCCAUCGCUACUGGAUUCUUCACAAGAAGCAACUUACUUUGGAGCAUUUAAAGUUAGGGAUUUAGAUUGA